AUGCCAAAGCGCAAGUCGAUCUCGCCGCCUCUGCCGCUGCCGCUUCGUUUCACACUCCUCCCCUCUCUUCUGCCCAACAAGGCACUGGUUCCGCUAUUAUAUUCGGAGGUAAACGGACUACCUGUAUACCUCACCCUCUCACCUUCUCAUGAAACCCAUAUAAGCCUUCUUACGCUUCUCCUCGCCCUCUUCCCUGCUCCGCCGCUCCACUUCAUCAAGCUCUUCCCGCUCGGCAGCGUCUCACUCGAUCUUGGCGGCAAUGCGCCCUUUGCCGACAUCUGGGUGCCUUUGCGCCUUGCCCGAGAGCGACUGGAAGAGCUAGGCGUCAUGCAUCUCUUUCGGAAGGAGGGAGUUGUCGGCGCGGGACUGCUCGGAGAUGGGAUCGAAAAUAUGAUCAGCUGGGAAGAGGAUGGAUGUGUAUGUCAUAACUGGAUCCCUUCGACCGCAACAAUACCCGCCUCGACGUACUCUCUCGAUACCCUUCUUGAAGUGCCAUUCGGUCAGGUCGACCUUAUACCUGGGGAACGAUGUAUCACGACCUCGAUGGACAGAGAUCGCAGGGCGAAGCUGGCAGUAAUAGGGGAGUUUGAUGAUCCGUCUGGGAUACGAAAGGGGGACUGGAGUUCGGCGUGGGAUGAGUGCUUGACGUGGACCAUGAAGGCAUGGGAGGAAUAUUUGGCGUAUCCAUCUCAACCUCCUCCGCCUCCGCCCCGUCCAGGGAAUGCUCAGUCCAUAGCAGGAGUCGUCCAUCGGCUCCUCCCACGCCUGAACGAGCUAUCCGGCAGCUCCGCUCGUCUCGCACAUCCCCUCGCACUCGCCGACAUCUCACAUAUGCUCCACACCUCACACGAGAGAGACGCGACCAUAACCGCACUUCUUCAACAAGCUCUUGAAUGCCUCCUCCCACACUUACCGUUCGUCAAGGGCCGGCCUCGAGGUCCACAUGCCGGACGCAAGGCGCUUGAGCGGAACGCCAGAAUACAGCUCGGUAUGGUCGAGCUUGUCGGUCAGCAGCUCGUCGACACCUUCAUCCGGAGGGGCUCUGGCGCACUCAACGGCGAGUACGAUGCUCAUCGCGAUCACCUCGAGGUCAUGAUUGAUAAAUCUACCACAUCGGGCCUUCGGAAUCGCGCUGAGCUGCUGUCCAGGCCCGAGCCAAGGGAUGCGUCACGACGUACGCCAACAUUCCAUGCCUCAGUCGGCACUGAGCAGCACGACCCUCCUCUCUCGGCGACAAUGCCAAAGGCGGAUAUCGUCGCGUCCUCCAUCUCUACCAGAUCAGGUUCGAGAGAUGCUAUCGAUGGACGCGCAUCACGAUCACCGAGAGUAUACGAGGAUAGGUUGAAGCAUCAGUGGGACUCGCGCGAUACAGCUCUGUAA